AUGUUGGAAUCGCCCGAAUCUGUGGUUGUUUGGUCGCGACCACCGUCGUUGAGAAGUUUGAGAUCGGGCAAAAAAGUGGUGCCCGGACAGGUGAGGAUUUUAUUAUAGCUCUGAAAUUUUGCACGUCAUAACUCAUUUUUUUCUGCUAAAAAUAUCAUUAAAAAUGAACCCUCAAAAAACCCGAAAAUUUACUGUUUCCAAAAUUUCAUAAGAGAAAAAAUUGGAGUAUUUUUUUAAUUCCAUAUAUUUAUUUGAAUUUUUGCCACGUCAUAGCUCAAUUUUUUAGCAAAACAAAAUGUUCCAACAAUUUUUUUGGCUUCAAAAAAUAUCAUGAAAAAUGAAUCUUCAAAAAACCCGAAAAUUUACUGUUUCAAAAAUUUUCAUAAGAGAAAAAUUUGGGAAAUUUUUUUGUUGGUUUAGAUGUUGUGAAUAAUUCUCUAAAAAUUCGAAGCCUAAGUCUAUCGUAGCCUAUGAACCUAAAGCCUGAAAAAAAGCCUAUAGGCUGUUAGGAUUUGUUAGGUUUUUCUUAUACCCUGAAACCCCGUAGAAAUCCCACGUAAUUAAUUAAUUUUCCAGUAUGUUCUGGAUGAACCGGAUACUCUAUGUGUCUUACCAUCAUCAAUGCGACUCUGCUGUCUGAUUCUGACCUGUCUACUUCUCUCAUCUCUCGUCGCCGCAAUUAUCAACAAUUUACAAACAAAUUCGAAUGGCUCGGCGAGUUACUGUAAAAAAUCGACGGAAAUUUUUCGGCCAGAAGUUUUGUGCCCCAGAGAAUCCAUGUUCUUUUUUUAUAAAUGUUGCAAAGGUGCUCCAGCAAACAAUUUAAAGGAACAUGGCAAACAUGAGGAGGAUUCGGUGAAAUGUUGUGCGAGAAUUCGAAUUUGGUUACUGUAGGUUUUUUGGGCGGGAGAAAUUCAAAUUCAAAACUCAAAUUUCGCGCAAAAAUGGGCCACGUGGCAAAAAUCCUGAAUUUUUUCAGAUUGGCCAUAAUUUGCGUUGGAUUAUCGUGUUUGUUGGGCAUCUCCUAUACCGUAUACCACUAUUUCUGCCGUCAAAUUUUUGCGGCGCGAAAAAAUUGGAUUUGA